AUGGAUAGUUCCUCAUCUAAUAAGCUAUCAAUGCCCUCAGAAGCAUCAGAAAUUCGUGACGAUAUUUAUUCGGAAAAAUUGCCAAAUUUGCAGCAAGAUAAAAUUUCAUUGAAUAGUGAAAAAAGACUGGAAAGAGAAAAUGAAAAACCAAAUUUAAAUAAAUCUUUUUAUGAAUUCACGUUGGAAAUUAAAAAAUUUAUAAAAUUUAUUGGGCCUGGUUAUCUCAUUGCGGUCGGAUAUUUGGAUCCCGGAAAUUGGGCAACCGAUUUAUCAGCUGGAUCACAAUUCGGAUAUGCUCUUUUAUUCAUAAUUCUCUGUUCAAACUUUAUGGCAAUGCUAUUACAAAUGUUGGCUAUUAAAUUAGGCGUGGUUACAGGUUUAGACCUGGCUCAAGCCUGUAGAGCUUUUUAUCCAAAAUAUGUGAACCUUUUUCUUUACGUAUUAUGUGAACUUGCCAUAAUAGCAUGUGACUUGGCAGAAGUUAUUGGUAGUGCAAUUGCGCUAAAUCUUCUAUUCAAGAUUCCACUUCCUUGGGGCGUUGCUAUUACAGCAGUAGAUGUUUUCAUAAUCUUGUUUAUUUAUAGAGAAAAUGAUAUGAAAUCAGCUCGUAUAUUAGAAUCUUUGGUUAUGAUGUUAGUGGGAGUAGUUGGUGUUUGCUUUGUUUUGGAAUUGGUUUAUGCUAAACCUGAUAGUGUAGAUGUUUUAAAAGGUUACUUACCAAGUUCAGGAAUCUUUACAAAUAGUAAAGAAUUAUAUAUUGCAGUAUCAAUUGUGGGUGCUACUGUGAUGCCACAUUGUAUUUACCUACAUUCUCACUUGGUCAAAGUUCGAAAGUUAAGAGAGGAAAAUCAAGGAAUUAAAUAUCAAAAACAAAGUGGUUUAAUGAAAAAAAGUGAUGGUUCAGCAAAAAAAUUUUUUAAGGAAAUUAUAGGUAGCACUAUAAAAUUUUCAGUAUUAGAUUCAAUAGUAGCACUUACUUUUGCAUUAUUUGUUAACUCAUCUAUUUUGAUAGUAUCUGCUGCAAAUUUUUAUUAUGUUGAUGAACCACCAAUUGUAGCAAAUUUAUUUGAUGCAUAUAAUUUAUUAAUGCGUUUGGGUCAAGCUGCAGCAAUAUUAUUUGGAGUAGCAUUAUUAAUGGCUGGACAAAGUUCAACUCUUACAGCAACUAUUGCAGGACAAGUAGUUAUGGAAGGAUUUAUGGGAUGGAAAAUAAGACCUUGGUUAAGAAGAUUGAUUACAAGAUCAUUUGCUAUUAUUCCAGCAAUGUUUAUUGCAAUAUUAAGAGGAGAAAAUGGAAUAAAUGAAUUAUUAGUGGCAAGUCAGGUGGCAUUAAGUAUACAAUUACCAUUUGCAGUAGUUCCCUUGGUAUGGUUUACUAGUUGUAAAAAAUAUAUGAGGGUUGAUGUUCGAGAGUUAUGCAAAAGGGAAUUAGAUAAUGAAGAAGAUAUUGAAAUAGGUGAUGACAAUGGAAAAAUUCAAUCCAUUACAGAAAUGUCACAUGAAUUUCAAAAUUCAAAUUCAGUUAAUAAUGAUGAUGAAAAAUAUAUUAUGGAUUUUUCAAAUUCUUAUAUAUUGAGUGGAUUUGCAUGCAUAGUUAGUUUAAUAAUUAUUUCCUUGGACUUGUAUUUAGUUUUUGAUAUUAUUCGUGGUAUUAUAAAAGGUGAAAGUAUAGAUUGA